CUGCCAACAAGCUAGGGCAGCGCUGAGAGGUCUAUUAUUUUGGUGGUGGGAUUUACUUUGGGAGAGAUGGGGUUUAUACGGCUGAGCUCACCAUAAUCUUUACUCUCUGACGCUUAUCUGUCUGCGCGCCACCCUCUCCUCCAGUGGAAUCAUCCAACCUCCUCCUAUAGGUCCAGUCCGUACUCUCUCUCUUCUUCACAGUUAGCACUGAAAUACUCCGCUCUUACUUUAUACCAUUCGCUUCCCACCUAUUCUUUCACUCUUGUCCUCCUCCAUUUGCUGCUAAAAUGUAAAGGUUUUCCUGCAGCUUCUGCUCAAUAAAAGGAAGACUUGGAGCCAAUAGACUAUCUUCUCUCUUUACCAAGGCCAAGGACUUUGAAAUUAAAGUGACAAGACUUGAAGGGAGAAAAAAAGAAAGAGGGAAUAGAGUUGUAUCACUUCCUCCUGUUGUUGUUUAUUUGCUUUCUAUUCUUUAGCAUCUUUGAAGUGCCUCUUUGUUGCUGUUGUUGUGGGGACUAGAGCGAGCAAGUGCUGUUGGUGAUGGAAUUCGGGGUGUUGGUUGUCCAAACCCUUUGGAAGAUAAGGCAAGAGGAGCACUGUAACCAGAUUUUAGCAAAGCAACAAGUCGAAGAGGAGUUGGAAGGAACAGUUUAAAGGUGAGAACUGGAAGAGAGGGAAAUAAACGAAAGAGUCUAGAUACCAGAAGGAGCACCCACGCCUCUGAAGUGAAAAUUUAAGAGGCGGCGGCCUGCCUUUCCUCUGAAACUUAAAAGAGGAAGAGAAAGAGGAGAAGACGAAGAAAGAGGAUCGAUUACUUCCAUCAGCGGCAACAGCAGUAGCGACCAAUAAUACUCUUCGGCCACCACGGCUUCUUCAUCAGAACAUGCUCGUCUCUCGGAGAGGAUGGAAGAGAGCAGCCACCACCACAGGAACCACCAGCAGCAGCUCCUCCUCCUCCACCACCACCAACAGCAGCAGCAGCAGCGGCGGCCGCUGCCCCAUAAUUCUAGGAUGGGGGGUUUGCGAGGGGCCGCCGGUGAGGUCGUGGAGGUCUCGGGGGGCCACAUUGUGAGGUCGACCGGGCGCAAGGACCGGCACAGCAAGGUGUGCACCGCCAAGGGCCUGCGGGACCGCCGUGUCCGCCUCUCGGCCCACACCGCUAUCCAGUUCUACGAUGUCCAGGACCGCCUUGGCUAUGACCGCCCCAGCAAGGCCGUCGAUUGGCUCCUCAAGCACGCCAAGGCUUCCAUUGAUGAGCUCGCUGAGCUCCCCCGCUGGCGUCCGCCCACCACCACCACCUCCUCCUCCGAUCCUUCUCGACCUUCCAAUCAACAUGACCUCCAUGAAGAGCCUGUGCCUACCGAGCCAGCUGCUGACCAAGCCGCCUACAGCAGUGCUACUUUCCUCCCUCCUUCCUUGAAUUCCGACUCCAUUGCGGACACCAUCAAGACCUUCUUUCCCAUGGCCACCACAACUGCUUCAUCCACUUACCAGAAUUACCCGCCGGACCUCGUAUCCCGCAGCAGUAACCAAGCCCAAGACCUCCGUCUCUCCCUUCAAUCCUUCCAAGAUCCCAUGUUUCACCAGAAUCAAACACCUGCUGCUUCCUCCCAGCAGAACUUUCUCUCUGGCAAUCUAGUCUUCGGCUCCACCUCCGCCGGCUGGCCCGAGCAAAACCAGAAAGUUGUUGCAUGGAAUGUAGCGGAGACUGGCGACGGCGGCAGCGGCGGCGGAGGUGAUGGAGGUUAUGGGUCCAACAUGCCACCACCGCAGGCGGUACCACUGCACCCGGCGCUCAGCCUAAGCCAGCUUUUUUCUCAGAGGGGAACCCUUCAGUCCAGUAACUCGACAUCGGUUCGCUCUUGGAUGGAUCCGAUUGCUGCAGCGGCCGGUCAUCAGAUCCACCCGGCAGGAAUCCAUUCAUCGUGGCCAUCAGUUACAGCCACGGGAUUCAUAUUCAGCGAUGGUGGUGGCUUCUCAGGGUUCCAUAUCCCAGCGUGGAUACAGGGUGAAGAGGAGCACGGCGGCAUCUCCAGUAAGCCACCGUCUGAUUCCUCUGCUUCCAAUCAGUGAUAGAAAGGAAGAUGAGAGAGAGAGAGAGAGAGAGAGAGAGGGAGGCAAUGAACAACCCACCAUCCUUCCUCACCAAUCACCAGCAAAUUCACAUUGGUCUGUCAUGGGCUUCUCCCAUUCUUUCUCAAGUUUAAUCAGAUGCUGUAUCAGCUUGCCACUUUCUUCUCGUAGCUUAGGAUUGCUUGGUCUAUGUAGUCGAUAGGAGAGAGAGGGAGGGGGGGGGGGGGAGAGAGUAUUUUCUACUGAUAUCUAGGAACCAGGUUCUCAUUUGCUGGGUUGGCCUCAGUUCAUUCUAUUUUCCUUGCUCUUAUGUUAAUGGGCUCUGAGAGCCUUACUUUGUUGGCCAUGGUUAGACCAAGUGGCUGUUAUCGUAUUGUAAUAUUAGUUUUUG